GAGGUCUGCACUGAUUGUGGCGUGCGUGUUGGCUGCCCUUGCGCUGCCCCUCCAGGCCCUCCCACCCCCUGCCGGAGGAGAGGGGCUCUCCGCCCUGCAGCCUCGCCCCCCAAAGUCCGCAAGUGGGCGUCACCUGACCUGGUGGAUAUUCGGGAACGAUGACGAAGAAGUGACCACGCCCGAUGCAAGCGACCACGUCUCGCCCACGCCCCCUCCUACCUCCUCGCCCGGCCCCACGACCACAGAGGAGCCGAGUGCAUGGAGGUCGUGGUUCUCUAAUGUGGGCGACAAUAUUAAGAGCGCGGCGUCCAAGGUCAAGGACGAGCUCCGGGAGGUGAAGGAGGCGUACGACUCGGGGCGGGCGGCGGUGGGGACGGCGCUCAAAAAGGGGGCCAAUAGGGUCGGCUCCGCCAUCAAGUCCGGCUUCAGGAAGAUCAAGAUCAAGUUCACCGGAGGCAAGGAGAAGUUCAACAUCAUGGCGACGCGCCUGAAGGAGAAGCUCGAGGCGGGCGACGACCGAAUCCUCGAGCUCAUGAGGAAGCUUGGGAUCAACGUGAACAUCGAAGACAACAAGAUCACGGGAACCACCCUGGACAAGAAGAACGUGUCCGUGACCGAGAUCCUUCACGGCGAGGGUCUUCUCUCCAACAAGUCCGCUCACUACCACACUGUCGUCGAGGAGCCUGAGUUCACGGGCGGAGAGAGGGCGCCGGAGCUGGGCGAAGGGGCAGGCGGAGAAGCCACGACGGAGGAGGUAUUCCACUCCGCCGAGGACCAUGACACUUUCCAUGUCACUGAGGAUUAUGAUACAUUCCACUCCGCUGAGGAUCACGACUCUUUCCACUCCGCCGAGGAAUACGAGGAUGACUUAAUCACCCCCUCGACUUCGCGCGCAUCGCCUUCUUCCACCGCAAGGCCUUCGGUUGGUGUCACGGAAUCCACUCCUGGGCAUUCGACGACGACCAGGAUGCCAACCACAACGGCGCCAACUCCCACGGUGGAACUUUCUUCAACAACUUCCACAACAAUGCCCUCUACUGGGCGACCAGUUACGACUAGAAAGCCAACAACAACGAGCACUAUGGUACCGUACACAUCACCUUCUUCAACCCUCUCUACAACACUCGAACCUACAACUCCAACGACGACAACAACAAUCGAACCUACAACUCCAACGCCAACGACCACAACAACAAUCGAACCUACAACUCCAACGCCAACGACCACAACAACAAUCGAACCUACAACUCCAACAACCACAACAACAGUCAGAUUCACAGCCUCAACUACUACCUCUACAACACCUAAACCUUCACCACCAACAUCCACCACAACACUCAUACCCACAGAUACAAGCACCUCUACAACACCUAAACCUUCUUCCCCACCAACAACCACCACAACAGUCAAACCCCCAGUUUCAGUAACCUCUACAACAAUGAAGCCUUCACCACCAACCACCACCACAACAACUCCAAACCCAACAACAUCGACGACACUCAUAUCCACAACUCCUACAACUUCAACAACAUUCAAGCCAUCAUCCCCACCAACAACUACCAUAAUCCCUGAAACAACCACGCGAAGCACAGUUCCGUCGACGAGUAAGCCGAGCCCUCCGUCGCCUACACCUUCAGGAGAGGGAGUCAGCGAGUCUUACGAACCUCCCCUUUUCCCCGGAGGUUCAACCCACGCUGAGGAGGCAGGGGGGGAAGAGGAGGACGCUGAACCAUUUGAACCUCCACCGUUCCCCGAUGUGUUCAGCGACCCGGAUGUACGAGAUCGCCUCAGGGAGUUCUAUGAGAAAGGAGACUUCAGCCAUUCAGAACUCAUUUCCAGGUUGAAUUUCGACCCGGAAAACUAUGAGUAUUAUUAUGAUGGGGAUUAUGAUUAUUCUGAGUAUGUCUGAUCAGUGUGUGUGUGUUUUUUUUGUUGUUGUUUUUUUUGUAGCGUUUGUGUUUGUUUAUAUACGCCCCUAUCCACCAGUCCUCUAUUGCCGGGGAGUAUAGACAUUAAGACAGUCUAAAGCCCUAUAAAAGAAAAAAAAAAUACUAGUGAAUCUUUUAGCAUAGUCCCCCCUAAAAAGAACAUUCCUAUCCAUUUUCUUUGACACAGACACUGUAAUUUUACUUAUCUUUUUGACAUUCCAUUAUAAUUGUGUUUAAGUUCUUGUUUCCGCUUUAUAUCACGCCAUAAUCCAUCUUUAAAUAACCACAGCAUUAAACUUAAGGGUAAACUAUUGAAAAAUAGCCUUUUGCUUCAUUAAAGGGAGUCGGUCGUAUUAAAUUGUGUGUAUAAAUCUUUGGGCAUUGAAUAAUAUAUCUAAACCCUAAACGUAUGUCUGCUAACAUUAAAAAAAUAAUAAAAUAGGUUUUUUUUAAUGAAAAUCCUCAAUAAAAUUACUUACAUGUAUGUACAUACAAUACAUAAUUCAUGUUAAAGUAUGUAUGGCUAUUAUUGCAAAUACAGAUAUUCAUGUAUUUAUAAUUGUGAUGUGUUUUGAAUUGAUAUCUUAGAGCCACUAUGUUGUAAUAAUAAAAGUUGUUUACCAGAUCCCUUACAUUAAAAAAUAAUGACAUAUAAUUAAGGUAUCAAUAAUUAAUUACCAUACUGUGUUUAAGAUAAUCACCAUGAUCUGGUCUCUUGAGAUGCAUAGUAUCUCUUUUCUGAUCUUUGUCUAAUGUAUGUGAAUGAAAAUAAAGGGAAAAUAUAGAAGAAAUUAAUGUAAAAGUAUUACCUGAAGAAAAGGCUGAUACUUAAAAGACAGUUAGGAAUGGAUAUGGAAUUGAGGAAGUUGUAUUCUGCAUUGUGCAUUCUGACUGUACUUUACUCAUGGUCAAAAAUUUCUUAAAGUAUUUAUAGGCAAGUGGCUUUAUACUUUUUCACUACUACAAGUAAUUACUGCAUACUCAUUCCUUGAUAAUGAUUAUGUGAGCUUGUACAGGCUGAUAUAAUUGCAGAAUUAAGCAGAAAAAUCAGGUCUUAUUAAUUAGCGUUUUAGAUACAAUGAAAUUAAGUUAUUAACAUAUGUAUUAAAUGACAAAUUAUUUAUUUUUUAUACAAACAACAGACAAUAUUUAUCAUGUGUCACUGGUAUUAGACUAAUGUAGUUUUGACAGUAACAGAACUAGCACUGUCCAUUUCCAUAAAUAUAACGAACAUUUUAACAAAGUGUACAGUGUCUUUUAUAUAGAUCUUGAGCUGCAUGUUUAUGUUAUAAUGUACAGUUGAACUGUUAUUGUUUUCAACUUCAGAAGAAAUUGCUAUUUGUACUAUGUUAAUUUUGAAGAAUUCCUUCAAAUGUUUUAAAAGUUUUUGCUACAUU